CGGAGGCUGCGGGAAAGGCGUCCGGCGCCGCAGGAGCCCCGCGGGCGAGUGGCGGCGGAGCGGCUGCCGUGGCGGGGGCACGCCGGCCGGGCAAGGGGAUGGCGGCGGGGGUCUCCUCGUCGUCCUGCGGCCGAGGCGGGCUGCAGCCGCUGAAAGCCACCGUCCCGUUCCAGCUGCAGCAGCGGCGAGGCGGAGAUGGGGGACGGGCAGCCAGUGUUCCUUGUGCUGCUGGUCCUACCGAGAAGGCCUCCAGGAAUAGACCUCCCAGGGUGAAGCGUACCUCUUCCUUGGACACCGUUCUCGGAUCGUACCUCCUUGGUCAAUGGCCUCGGGAUGCUGAAGGAGCAGCUGUCUCGCAUAUGAGUGACAAAUCUACACAGACUCCUGUCUCCUGGCGUGAAGCAGAGGUGGGGAAAGCCGCCCUCCAUAAGCGUUCUGCCUCCUGGGGCAGCAUGGAUCAUCGCAGAGAGAUAGCUAAAUUGAAGCAGCAGCUUCAGCGAACAAAGCUCAGUGCCCGAAACGGCAAAGAGAAGGAACGGAGCUCCCCUGUCCAGGGAGAUCACACCGUACUCCCAGCAGUCAAGGUCUCCCCUCCCAUGGCCUCUGCCGUUUUGUUCAGCCAGUUGAACAACAGCCUUGAUGGUCUCAGUCGGGAGUUGGAGGAGGCAUUUGUGAAGGAGCAAGGAGAUGAGGAACUUCUCAGGAUUCUGGAUGUUCCCGAUGGCCACAGGGCCCCGGCCCCUCUUCCAACGGGCCCUGGCGAUUCUUUGCUGCCACAGCUGGAACAUAGCAGUAGCAGCUGCAGCAGCCUAUCUCUUUCCCCGUCCCCUUCCACUGCUCUGGGACGGUCCCCGCACACUCCUGCGCGCACAGCUACGGAAGAGCUUCUUUCUGGAACCUUGGAAACGCCCAUGCUAGGAACCAAAGCAAAAGAAAACGGCAACAGUUCUCCAGUCCUUGCUUUUGCCUUGUCUCCUCGCCCCAACCACACGUACAUGUUCAAGAGGGAACCUCCGGAGGGCUGCGAAAAAAUCCGUGCUUACGAGGAAGUGGCGCCUCUCAGCCCCGAACAGACUUUCCUGCCUUCCUGUCCUGAUAAGAACAAAGUCCACUUCAACCCAACCGGCUCUGCCUUUUGCCGGUUCAGCCUGGUGAAGCCUCUGAUUCCCAGUGUGGAUUUCCUUUUCACAGACUUCUCUUCCUCUCCCAGCCCUGUGCCACCGGCCACCUGUUCCCGCCAGCCAACAUCCAACAUCCCGCUCCUCACCUUGCGGAAAGACCCGAGGGGCGACGACUUCGGUGAGGCCUCUCAGUCCCUUCCGCUGGAAUCGUGGAAGCGGAACCAGGCUGAAGAUGGUAUUCUCUUCCACAGUUCCCUGGUUGUCUGAAGCAAAGUGGGCAGGGCAGAGACAAAAUAAGUUGUCGGUCCUUCAGCGCACUUUGUCCUGUGGAGACAGAGUGCCUUGAAACUGGGAAACUGAGCACCCCCAAGGUGCAUGAACGUGCCCCCCCAGCAGCCUUAAAGGCACAGAUUGUCAGCGGAUGCUCACUAGCCACCGUAGGUUUUCUCCCCAACUCGUGGUACUUUAAAGCACUUCCUUUCCUUUCAAGUUAGUAGCAAUUUCCUUCUGCUGUUUUGAUGUCCAAAGAGCACAAACUGUUAUCCACCGGGUUUGUUUUCUCCUCUGGUUCCCUUGUUGGGCGCUUUCUCACAUGGUUAUGAAUACUCCCAAGGAUGUUGCAUUGGCUUCACACAGACAAUGGAAAACAAAAAGUUCACGUCGCCAAAAGGGGCUGAUGUCUACUGCUGAGGCAGAUAACCACUGAGCAAGAGUCUAGCAGGGAAUUCCAGGAAACGCAAGUCCUAAAAGUCUUCUUUAAUGCUCUUCUACUGCUGCUGUACACAGGUAGAAGCUGAAUAUGCAUGUGUUCAGAUUGUGUGCCUUUCUGAGGGAGCAUGUUUUCAGAUGGUUUUGCAUUUCAGGGAGGGAGAACAGGAAGUGUUCCCUCUACGUGGUUUCCAAGUAGAUCUCUGAAGAGUCUUCAUGCUCAGAAACUUGGAAAACCGUGUCUAAAGUUCUCUAAAGCGCAGCUGUUUGUGGUUUUGGCGUACCUGUCUCUUCCUUCUGAUUGUAACUGACCAAUCCAGACUGACACUAUUACUAUUCUAGCCAAUGAGGUUGGAAAAUCUGCACAGCUUUAUCCCUACUCUUCACGCACAGAAGAUGAACACUCCAAAGUUCCCAAGACGUCCUGUUCCACGACUACCCACCCCACAGAAGGCCUUAAACCUUGUGAUGCCUUGAUUCUAAAGUGCAUUGAAAAUGAUUUGUUGUCUUGUUGCUAAUCCUCAGGAUUUCAUUGGAAAGGUUUCUUCAGACCUGAGGCAGAAAUUAUAUUUUCUUUGGAAGACAGUAUUUUUGCAACUACUUUUGAAGUUUUAUAUAUUAUUGUAUGUAUCACAGAAGCUUAUGGAAGAAUGUUAGCCUGAGAGGUUCAUUGAUAUGAGUUGUUCAGUGCAGAUCUUGGUGGUUUUAAACCGAUUCAGAAAUAAAAUUUCAGGCAUUUAAA